GCUGGAGUGUGAGUUUGAAAGUUUGGGGAGGUGAAAGUUCCAUCUGAAUCAUGCUGGCUUCAAGUUUCAGGGACUGUAAGGCGUGGAGUGCUGAAGGUCUUCCAUUGUCCACCAGCAGCAAUGAGGCUUGCAAACUAUUUGACGCCAUUCUCUCUCAGUUUGUGAAAUGGCGGAAUGAUGAAACCUUGGGAGGACUGGAAGGAUGCUUUACUGCAAUCAAGGCAGCUGACCCUAACUUUGUUAUGGGCCAUGUGAUCAGUACGGGGCUGGAACUGGUGUCAACAGCAACCUCCACCCGUCUCAAUGAGCGUCUGGCCAGUGCUGUGAAGCGAACAGUGGAGCUGGCCAACAGCCAGGACAUUUAUCCCAGAGAGAGGCUCCAUGUUAAGGCUAUGGAGCUCUUUUCACAUGGAAAUUUUCUCAAGGCCUGUGACGUAUGGGAAGACAUUCUGGUCGAUCACCCCACUGAUAUGGUGGCUCUCAAGUUUGCUCACGACUCUUACUUCUACUCGGGAGCCCAAGUUCAGAUGAGGGACUCUGUUGCCAGGGUGCUGCCCCACUGGAAACCACAUAUGCCAUUUUACGGCUAUCUAAAGGGACUGUACUCCUUUGGUCUCCUUGAGACUCGUCUCUAUGACCAGGCUGAGAAAGAAGCCAUGGAGGGCCUCGCUCUGACUCCAGACGAUGCUUGGGCUGUCCACUCUGUAGCCCAUGUUUGUGAGAUGAAAGCAGAGGUGGACAAAGGCUUGAAGUUCAUGGAGAGUCGAGAGAAAGACUGGCAGGUAUCUGACGUGCUGGCCAGUCAUAACUAUUGGCACUGGGCUCUAUACUUCAUCGAGAAGGGGCAGUACGAUGCCGCUCUACAAAUAUACGACUCUCAGGUAUUCAGACGGUGUAAAGCCACAGGAUCCAUGUUGGACACUGUUGAUGCCUGUUCAAUGCUCUACAGGCUGGAAAUGGAGGGUGUGUGCGUGAAGGACCGCUGGCGAGAGCUGCUCCAGGUAACGGAGCCUCACACCGACGAUCACGUGACAUUGUUCAACGACCUCCACUUCCUCAUGGUGUCGCUGGGAGCUAAAGAGAGCAAGACUUCUCAGCGUCUGCUGGAGGGCCUUCAGGAAUUGGCUAAAGAGCCAGGGGACAAUACGCAACAUCAGCUGGCAGAGACUAUAGGUAUACCAAUGUGCCAGGCCAUGAUGGAGUACGACAAAGGCAACUACAACCGAACUGUGGAGCUGCUGCAACCUUUACGCUACAGUAUAGUGGAUAUAGGUGGCAGUGAUGCACAGAGGGAUCUCUUCAGUCAACUGUUCAUUCAUGCAGCCAUGAAAUCAGAGAAUAAGCACCACCAGAAACUGGGAAGAUGUCUUCUGGUGGAGCGCGAUGCCAUGAGGCCGAACUCCCCUCUGACGGAUCGUCUGAUGCAGACAGCCCUGGCUCUUCACACCUAGACGGGUUGCAAGGUGCGCAGAGCAGUUCCCAUGCAAAAAACAUCAAGAGAAGCCAUAAUCUGAUGUGCCGGUGUUUGGCUUGAGGAGAUUCCUUUGUUUUCAAGACAUCUGAAACUUUUUGUACAGCUUUCUUGUCAAUGAAGAGCUCAGCCUUUUCUACUGCAGACCUUUUAAGCUUUUAUGUAAACACAUUUGCACAUUUCUCAAGAUUAUGAGCUAAUAGUAAACACAGGUUGCCAGUUGAUCCUUCCUAAGCCCUUUCCUGUUAGACCUUACUAUGCGACAUGCUAGCGUCGCCUAUGUUGAAAAGAAAAACAAAUUGUGAAGAUGGUUAAAAGAUGUGACUGGGGGGCUGUAGAAUUUUCAUGACACACUACAUUAUAUAUAGAGUCACAUUUUAAGUCAAUCAAUAUAUCAUUUAUUCGGCACAUGGAAUUAUACACAGUACAACUCCAGUCAAAUGUGAUUCCAUCAGCUCCUUUAACUUGUGCACUAUAAUUUAAUCCUAUUUUGUGUCUUCUUACAUUUUUGGCUGCUGCUUUAUAAUUGUUUGUGUUUCCGGAUGGUUCUGGUAAUCCAUAGUUUCUGGUUGUGGAUGACUUAACUGUCCACACAUCCCGACCCCAGUAGCCUUUGAAUGGCGUUAGCUGUAAUCCACAGCAGGAAUGACACAGCACCUCACAUUCCCACCGUCACAGUAGUCCUUAUUCACCAUAAAACACAAGUUAGCUAAUGUUAGUAUACCUCUUUAUGUAUACUUUAGCUAGCUAAUAUAGUGUAGAUGACCUGGCAUAAACUCUUAUUGUGUGAAUAUUUGAUGUACGUGACCUGACAUAAACUCAUUAUCCGUACGUGACUGGAGCCAAAGGAUCUGGCAUGAUUCUGGCCAAAUUUGGUUAUGUGAAGAGAAGCAAUUGUUCUCAAAGCUGGUUGUCUGAAUAACAGGAAAACAGUAGCUUAAGUGACAGGAAAUACCUUUUAAUGUGUAUUGGAAAGCAGCAGGUGUGUCAACUGAUGUUGCUUGUUGGUCAGACACUACAAAUUGGACGUCCAAUCCUGUGUUUUGAGUCUUUUAAUUCUACAAGAGGAGUUAGCAUAAUGUCAGAACACCAACUUCAGCCAGGUUUGCUUCCUCCUUAACGUUAAAGAGAUUUGGAAAAGGACAGAUGAGGUAGUUGCUGACAAAUAUUUAAGAUCACAUGAAUUGUUGUUAGCUAGAAAAGAUCAACGCUAAUGUUUCCUUUGCUUACGUUAUCUUUGCAUGGCCAAAUGCAGCCCUGAAGUAACUAAUGUAACUUUCUACAGUAAAGAGAGAAUAACGAUAACUCAGCACCAUGGUCUGUAGUCAUUAGUCAGUAAAAAAAUAUGUAGAGUACUUUACUAAUCCCCAGGAGGGGAUCAUUGGGAUAUGUAUCUGGCAGCGCAGGAGCAAUAUUGACCGAUCGUCUUUUCAUCCUUAGUCUCUACUUCUCCCUUUUACGUUGAGACUGGAAGCCUCAAUACGCAUUUUUAUUCCUCAAAUAAAAGUUAACAUCGUGAAUACAUCCGUCGAUCACAUACUGUAAUCCUUGCUGUCGCCUCUUGAAGGUUUCUUGCCUGACGCUCAAAAACGAUCUAAUAAACACUAUUGCAUCCAGCUAAGUGGAACUGGUGUCACCAUGUUUCAUUUUGUCGAGCUUGUCUGACCUAGCAACAGUAACUACGGGGGGGGGUCAGGAUGGAGGGGCUAAGGAAGGAUCAAUUUGCACGGUAAACAGCUUUAAAUCACAUGUUAGCUGAUUAUUUUAGCUGACAAAACUGAUACCUCAUAAUCAAUAUACUGCAGAGCAAUGUAAAUUUCUUCUCUUAGAUUUUAUUAGCAAACUUCACAUUUAAAUAUAAAUACUUUUCAGAAAUAAAAUCCUCAUGUCAAUGAUCAAUACAAAAACCAUGUUCAAAACCAAUAAAUAUACACUUUGCA